GCCCAAUGAUGGAAGUAUUGUUGAAUCUAAGCUCGAUUCAGAAUUAAACUAUGGGCUGGGUUAGGUUAGCGCCACACUUUGGGCUUCGGGGAAUUAAGCCAUUGGAAAGGCUCAGCUCGAAUUCAUGUGUUGCAGAGAGAUACCUUAGAAGAUUCGCUCGAAAUUGAAAAUCCUUCUUCUUACAUACACUUGCUACCACAAUUAAAUCUUUCAUUUGCCAUUUCUCGUUUUUAUCUCUUGCAAUACAAUAAUAGUACACCGCAACACAGUUUUAAUGAGGCCAGAAACGGUAACUCUGGUUCUGGUGAACCUUGCGGGGAUCAUGGAAAGAGCUGAUGAAUCUCUGUUGCCUGGAGUGUACAAAGAAGUUGGUGUAGCCCUUCACACGGACCCAACCGGGUUGGGCUCUUUGACGUUGUUUAGGUCCAUUGUUCAGUCGUCGUGUUAUCCAAUUGCGGCUUAUUUGGCGGUGCGCCAUAACCGUGCCCAUGUCAUCGCGCUUGGUGCAUUUCUGUGGGCUGCUGCUACCUUCCUUGUUGCCUUCUCCUCCACUUUUUUUCAGGUUGCAUUAUCCAGAGCUCUUAAUGGUAUUGGCCUUGCAAUAGUUGCUCCUGCAAUUCAAUCCCUUGUUGCUGACUCAACUGAUGAUAGUAACCGUGGUGUGGCUUUUGGAUGGCUACAACUGACAAGCAACCUUGGUUCAAUUGUUGGUGGUCUUUUUUCAGUACUGAUAGCUCCUAUAACAUUCAUGGGAAUUCCUGGUUGGAGGAUUGCCUUCCAUCUUGUCGGACUAAUCAGUGUUGUCGUUGGUAUUUUAGUCCGCCUCUUUGCAAAUGACCCGCACUUUUUAGAUGAUAGGACAAAAACUAUCAACCAACGUCCAAGUAAAUCUUUUUGGUUAGAAGUAAAAGACCUCAUUCUGGAAGCCAAAUCCGUUAUAAAGAUUCCAUCUUUCCAGAUAAUUGUUGCCCAAGGGGUUACAGGUUCAUUCCCCUGGUCAGCUUUGUCAUUUGCUGCAAUGUGGUUAGAGCUUAUUGGAUUCUCCCAUAAGAAAACUGCAUUGUUGAUUGCAUUGUUUGUAAUUGCCAGUUCCAUUGGAGGGAUAUUUGGAGGUAAGAUGGGGGAUCUCCUUUCUACUCGUCUUCCAAAUUCAGGGAGGAUAAUUCUAGCCCAAAUUAGCUCAGCAUCAGCCAUCCCUCUAGCUGCAGUACUUCUGCUGGGUUUACCUGAUGAUCCGUCCACUGCAGUGAUGCAUGGUUUGGUCAUGGUUAUCGUGGGGUUUUGCAUAUCAUGGAAUGCUCCAGCUACAAACAAUCCAAUUUUUGCAGAGAUAGUUCCAGAGAAAUCUCGAACUAGUGUCUAUGCUCUAGACCGGUCUUUUGAGUCUAUAGUCUCAUCAUUUGCUCCACUUGUAGUUGGGAUAUUAGCUCAGCAUGUUUAUGGUUAUAAACCUGUUCCUCAAGGAUCUACUGCAUCGGAAGAAAUUGCAACAGAUAGGGAGAAUGCUGGAUCAUUGGCCAAGGCACUGUACACAUCAAUAGGAAUUCCAAUGGCUCUCUGUUGUCUCAUCUACUCAUUCCUCUACUCCACUUAUCCAAGAGACAGAGAGAGGGCGAGAAUGGAAGCACUGAUUGAAUGUGAAAUGCAGCAAUUAGAAUGUGAUGCUUGGCCUGCUGGUGGAGUCUAUUCCCAAGAUCAGUUAUCUGGAUCAGACGUGAAGGAUAGAAGUGUUAUUGAAGUGGAUUACGAGGAAGAUGGUAUUGAUCUUGAUGAAAAUGAUGAGAAGAUUUUACUUUACCGGCAGUUGACAUUCUCCAAUUUAGGUGAAUAGCACAGGAGGCUAUGAUCUUUAUUAUCCUGAUGAGAAUAUUUGGUUUUUCAUUUUACAGUUUUGCCUUCUGGUGAACUUAGUCCUCCCAGAAGCUGAUGUUGGUGUUGUCUACCGAGCAGAAAAUUUAUUGUAGUUUUUGCUUGGUGUAAAUCGCGAAGAACAGAACUUUCAAGGAUUCUGAAGUAGUGAAAGAUUGGUCCAUGAAUUUUGUAGAAGCUAUACAGGGUUUGGGUCAGCUCUUCAGCUGAAGAUAAUCAUUGGAAAGAGGGUUGUCAACUAGAACCAAUUAUACAUAUGAAUAUAUCAAUUAUAGGGUGAUUGCGUGAAAAGUACGUUGUAUAUUGGAAUCUGCUGACACCUGGGAUUUAGAAUUAAUCUUUAGAUUUUGAUACAAUUCUUUAAUAUUUUUUGUAUAAGUAUUGGAUGUAGUCUGCAAGAAUUUUUGCUUAACAAGAUUUUCUUUAAACA